AUGGAUAUGAUGAAGGCAAUUACGUCGACAAAGAAACUGAUCAGCAAGGCUUGGAGGCUAUGCGCUGCUUCACCAAAACAAACCGGCAGCGAAGGGUGCACAACAUCCAGUUCAAGGAGUUGCAGUGCUAGCAAUGACAAACGGAAGAAGAAGAACAAGGCCGGAAAAGUAACUCCGGUGGGGUAUUUCUCAGUCUACGUCGGACCUGAAAAACAACGGUUUGCGUUGAAGAUGGAGUAUGUUAAUCAUCCGUUGUUCAAGGUGCUGUUAGAGGAUGCAGCAUUGGAGUAUGGAUACAGAAAUGAUGGUCCGCUUUUGCUUCCUUGUGAUGUGGAUUUGUUCUACAAUGUUUUGGCAGAGAUAGAGAGCAUGGAUGACAUCGAUGAGGAAAUGAUCAGUUCCAAUCGGUCUUUGAUACAAAUUUUGUUUAGUCCAAUUCAUUCAAAUUCAAGAAUGAACAAGGGUUAUGGUGGUGGCUAUAGGCUUCUUAGUACAUCACCAAAGCUUAAGAUGACUAAGUUUUAG